UUCUUUCUCCAUCCUGCCCUUCUGUCCGGCGUCCUUUGCUAUGCCAGCGUUCUCUGCCCUAUCCUCCCUCCCGGCAUCCAUUGCGAGAGGCUUUGCGAUGUAAUGGUUUGGCGGUUAAAUUGAGUGUCACUAUGUGUUAAUUUCCCGCGUUUAAAGGUGUGAGGAUGGCCGAAGGUGAUGUUCAGCCGGGUCCGGGUCAGUGCAAUCCAACUUUAUGUUUUGGGCAGUAUCAGUAUACAGCUGAGGAAUAUCAGGCAAUCCAGACUGCAUUGCAAAGGCGCCUGGGCCCAGAAUACAUUAGUCAACGUCCAGCAGGAGGAGGGCAAAAGGUUUGCUACAUUGAGGGUCACAGAGUUGUCAACCUAGCUAAUGAACUUUUUGGAUAUAAUGGGUGGUCCCAUUCCAUCACACAACAAAAUGUUGAUUUUGUGGAUCUCAUUAAUGGAAAAUUUUAUGUGGGUGUCAGUGCAUUUGUAAAGGUCCAACUCAAGGACGGAUGUUUUCAUGAAGAUAUUGGUUAUGGAGUGAGUGAGGGACUAAAAUCCAAGGCAAUGUCCCUGGAGAAGGCCAGGAAGGAAGCAGUUACUGACGGAUUAAAGCGAUCUCUGAAAUCCUUUGGUAAUGCCUUGGGUAAUUGUAUUCUGGAUAAAGAGUAUCUGCGAAUGGUUAAUAAACUACCUCGGCAGCAAACAGAUUUUCAGUUCGCUGAUGCUAAAAGAAAUGAUGAUGAACCCAUGGUUCAGAAAGCCAGGUACAACAGCUUAUUACAGGCUCAUCUCAAGCCUCUACCUGCACCUACUUCAUGUCCUCCCAACAAAGAUAUUAAAAGAGAAACGGCAGACAGGAAGGAAGAUGUGGCAGAAGAGAACUGCAGACUUUCCCGCAGUACAGAUUACAAUGUUGAUCUGGACCUCACACACCAACGGAAACUUCGACAGAAGCAACUUCAACAACAGUUCAGAGAGCAGAUGGCAAAGAAUCUCAAACCACAGCCACAAGAAACUGUUAGCUGUGUUGCCCAAGCAAAUAAUUACACAGUGACAGCUGUGCAGUCUAAAUUGGCACCACAGAUUAAUCACAGCACACCAAUCAACCAUGAGGCAGAUUUAUUUGAGGAUAAGCUCCUGGCUGCAGAUGAUCCUGAACUCUGGGAUAUUCCUCUGGAUGGCAUCAGUUUUGAGAGCAAUCCAAAUGUCCCUUGUCGGAAGCAGACUCCAUCUACACUUCCUACAGGCCCACAACACAUGUUGACAAGGAGCAGAACUCCACAAAAGAUUAAUUCCUCAAAACAAACCCACAAUGCCUAUCAAAGUAGAACAGUGGAAUCCAGUCCUUGCGGAGAGGGGCAAUUCAUGAAAAAACGCAGGCUGGAACCUGCCUGAAGAAUCAAAGUGGCAAGCUAUCAUCAUAUAAUUUCUUCAUAACUUUUUUUUGUUAUUUUUCUUUGUGAGAUGUCCUUUGUCACUCUACAAUGCAGCUUUUGGAGAAAGUGAGACAUUUAUGUUCUUCAAAAUCUUUAAUGGAUCUUGCCCAUCUGGUAAUUUUAUUUCAAAGUUACACCACAUGUAAUGCUGAUGUCCUGGGAAGCUUUAUGCUGCUGUUAUGAAUUACGCAGCACCACAGUGGUAGGUAAUUUCUAUAGCAAAUUGCACUGAAGUAAUAAAUUAGAUUGUACUCUGAGGUGCAGAAACUCUUGUGGUUUUGUACAGGAAAAUACAUUUUUGAUUUCUCAGUAUUUUCAUCAGAAUUAAAGCUAAGGGAAUAAUCUAUUUAGAAAAAUAUCCAAAGUUGUCUAAAAAGCCUGCUGCAAUUGCCUCAGGAGUUUACCAUAAGCCAUUACAUGGGUGGAGAAAAUGGAAGGUAAAUGUGAUAUUAAUUAAUUUCUGAUUGAAAUAUAAUUUUGCAUUGUUGAUCUCAUUUUUUGUUAAUCAUCCAGAUGUCCAGUAAUUUUUAUUGCUCUAGUCAACAAUAAUUGUUGGUAAAUGUUGGAGUGCUGUUGAAUGAAACUGGAAUAAGUUUCAUUUUUGACCGUUACUCACAGAAAUAUUGCAUUUACUAUAACCAAUAAUUCCGUACCUUGGAGUCAUGAUUCUGAAUGAUAUCCUUCUAUUUUUCCAUGGGCAUUUUUUUCAUUUUUUAAGUGUUUUUAUUAUACAUUAAAUUUAAAACUUAAUGCUUAAUCUUUCAAACUAAAUUGAAAUUUUAAGAUAUGUUUAAACUAUUGAUGAAUUGAAAUGUGUUGCUUUUACUGAUUAAUGGGAUGGUUUAUCUUUGAAAUAUCUUUCUUGUUUGGGUUACUGAUGUUAUUCCCCACACUUAACUAAGUUCAAAAUGUAGAGACAAUCCUGUAAGUCAACUGAAGAAAAUAAGCAAUAAUAUUCUUUGUCUUGUCUAUAUCCUUCAGUCACUUCAAAGCAUUUUGCAAUGUGAGAACUGGAAAAUCUUAGUAAAUCAUGCAAUGACCACAACUUAAUAGCCCACCAUCAUCUUUCAUGCCUAUAUUAGGGGUUAGGGUUAGAUUGAUCUUGGAGUAAGUUAAAAGGUCAGCACAACAUCAUGGGCCAAAGGGCUUGUAUUGUGCUGUACUGUUCUAUACUCUAUCUUCCAAAAGGACAAGACUGCUAAACAAAACCUGUCCAUUAGAUCUGGAAAAUUUUAUUAAAUGAUAGAAUCAUAGAGCACUACAGCACACACAGGCCCUUCAACCAUCUGGAAUGUGCUAAGUUAUUAUUCUACCUAGUCCCAUUGACCCACACUUGGACUUAAGCCUGCCAUGCCCUUUUCAUCCAUGUACUUGCCCAAGCUUUCUUAAAUAUUGCAAUCAAACCCACAUCCACCAUUUCCACUGGCAGCUCAUUCCACACACACUAAUCUGAGUGAAGAGGUUGCCCUUAAACAUUUCACUUUUCACCCUUAAUCUAUGACGACUUAGUUCUCAUCUCGCCCAACCUCAGAGGGAAAAGCCUGCUUGCAUUUACCCUAUCCAUGCCUUCAAUUUUGUCUAUCUCUAUCAAAUUUCCCCUUCUGUGCUUCGAGGAAGAAAGUCCUAACCUUUUCAACCUUUCCCUAUUGCUCAGGUCUUCAAGUCUUGGAAACAUCCUUAAAUUUUCUCUACACUCCUUCAAUCUUACUAGUAUUUUUCCUGUAGGUGGCUGAUAAGAAUGGAACACAAUACUCCAAAUGUGGCUUCACUAACAUCUUGUACAACUUCAACAUAACAUCCCAACUUCCCAAAUCCCUGUUCUACAACAAAACCUCAGUGCUCUGUUUACUAUAAAAGACCUACCCUGGUUUAUCCUCCCAAAGUUCAACACCUCACACUUGUCCCUAUUAAAUUCCAUCUAUUAUUUUUCCAGCUGGUCCAGAUCCCACUGCGAGUUAAGUUUCUUUGCUGUCCACUACACCCCCAUAAAUUUGUGGAUCCAGUUUACCAUAUAAUCAUCCAAUUCAUUAAUAUAGGUGACAAAUAGCAACAGGCCUUGUACCAAUCCCUGUGCCACACCACUAGUCGCAGGCUUCCAGUGACAGACAACAAUCUACAACUCCUCUGUCUUCUCCUAAGUCAAUGUUAAAUCCAAAUUAAUAUUUCAUCCUGAAAGUUUCAAGACCAGUCGUCCAUGUGGGAUUUUCUCAAAGGCUAUUGUGUAGUCCAUGUAGACAGCAUCCACAGCCUUUCCUUCAAUUUUCCUGGUACCCUCGUUGAAAAACUAAAAUUGGUUAGACAUGACAUACCUUAUGUUGACCAUCCCUAAUCGGGCCCUAUUAUCUAAAUACUUACAGUAUACAUCCAGUCCCUUAGAGUACCGUCCAGUAAUUUACCCACCACUGAUAUCAGGCUAUAAUUUCCUGCUUUAUUCUUAUAGCCUUUCUUGAAUGACAAACAAUAUUAGCUAUCCUCCAGUCUUUUAGCACAGCUAAAAGAUCCCAGGAAAAAAAAGAGGGUAAUCAGUCUGAUCAGUCUGGGUCUGUAUUUGCUGGAGUUUAGAAGAAUGGGGGUAGAUCUCACCAAAACCUACCAAAUAUUGAAAGACUAACAGAGUGGGGGGGGAGAGGGGUUGGUCUAGCACCAGAGGACACAGCCUCAAAAUAGGAUGUCCCUUAAGGUGAGGAGAAAUUUCUUUAGCCAAAGGGUGGAAAAUCUGUGAAAUUAGUUGCCACAAACAGAUGUGGAGGCCAAGUCAUUUGAUAUAUUUAAAGCAGAAGGCAGAACAGGAUUGAGGGAAAAUAAAUCAGCUGUGAUUGAAUGGUGAAGCAUAUUUGAUGGGCCAAAUAAUUUUUCCUGAUGAGUAAUGCCACCCCUACUCAUUUAAUACUGCCCCAUCUAUCAUGUCUAAAGCAAUGGAACCUCAAUACAUUGAACUACCACAUCUGCUCCUCCGGGAACCAAGUCUCACUAAUGGCUACAAUAUUAUAAUUCCAGGUGCUGAUCUACUCUCCAUCUCAUCUGCCUUACCUACAAUACUCCUUGUAUUGAAAUAGACACACAGAACAUUAGAUUAGGAGGACACGCAGUCUUCUUUUAUUGUCAUUUAGUAAUGCAUGCAUUAAGAAAUGAUACACUUUGUUCCUACAGAAUGAUAUCACAGAAACACAAGACAAACCAAGACUAAAAAAACCCCACAACAACCACAUAAUUAUAACAUAUAGUUACAACAGUGCAAGCAAUAACUUCAUUUGAUAGAAGAACAGACCAUGAGCACGGUAAAAAAGGGUCACAAAGUCUCUCGCAAGUUCCAUCAUCUCAUGCAGACGGUUGAAGGAAGAAAACUCUUCCUGCGAUGAACCUCCAGUGCCGCAAACUUGCCGAUGCAGCAUCCUGGAAGCACCCGACCACAAUCCGACUCUGAGUCCACCUGAAAACUUCAAGCCUCCGACACCAAGCCCCAUCUCUGCCGAGCGCUUUGACCCCAGCCCCAACAUGGGCAAAGCCGAGGAUUUGGGGCUUUCCCCUCCGGAGAUUCUCGAUUGCACAGCAGCAGCAGCAAAGCAGGCAUUUCAAGUUUCUCCAGAUGUUCUUCUGUGCUUCUCAUGGCUGCCUCUAUCAAAUCAGGAUUGUGCACGGCCUCCUACUUCACAUUAAUCCCACCAUACUCAAGCUUUCAAUUCCCAUAUGUAAGCUUAACCUCUACUUUCCCCACAACCACUUCACUCAGUUCCCAGCUCCCUGCAACUCUAGUUUAAAGCCCAGAGAACAGCACUAGCAAACCUUCCUGCAAGGAUGUUGGUCCCUAUCCAGUUCAGGGGGCAAACAGUACUGUUUGUGCAGCCUCCACCUUCACUGGAAGAGAGCCUAAUAAUCCAAAAAAGCUGAAGUCCUCCCUUCUUCAUCUCCUUAGCCAUUUGUUAAACUAUCAUUUCUAGCCUUGCUAACAUGUGGCAUGUGUAGCAAUCAUGAGAUCAUGAUCCUGGAGGUCCUGCCCUUUAAUUUAGCACUUAACUGCCUGAACUCAACACCUUCCUAAUUAUGUUACUGAGAUGGACCUUGAUCGCUGGCUGUUCACCCUUCUUUAGAAUUCUAAGGACAUUUGAUGGAGCUGGACGACCAGGUUUCUUUGGCAAAAUUGCAGGUUACUGCUAAUGUAGUAAAACAAUACUUUAAGCCAGACCUCAAAGGGAAUUUCAAAUUUCUCCUGACUCUUCCACCAGUGUUUCUGAUUGCGACCUUGUUCAUAUACCUAACCCACACACUGGACCUUUGGGUCACAUUAUGGACUGAAGAGCAAGUCAAAUGCCAGACAUAAGAAUUUUUGAACAACUGAAAAAAAUUUAGUUUUACAAUACUGGCAACUCCUACAAUAGUCAUUCAGGUAACAGAAAUGCAUCCUUAAAGAAUUCCAAAACCUCUACUGAAAAUCUUCACAACCUGUGUUUCUUGUUGCAUGUGCAGUUAUUGGUCAAGGUGGUUGGGGGGUUGGGGCGAUUUCAAAGCAGUAAGCUAUAAAAAUGUAAAAUCUUCAGUAUUUUAGAAAGUAGAUGCUCUAAUACAAAUAUUACUAGAACUUCCUGGAUUCUUGUGGUGCUGCCACAAGCAGUAUCCAUCAAGGACUCCCACCAUCUAAGAGGUCCAGGCACUGCAGUAGCGUAGCAGUUAGAUGCUAUUGCAGGUUGAGCAAAGUUUAGAGUUCAAUUCCACCAUGUAAGGAGUCUCUAUGUUCUCCCUGUGACUGCGUGGGUUUUCUCCAGGUGUUUUAGUUUCCCCCACAGUCCAAAAACAUGUCAAUUAGUAGGCUAAUUGGUUGUUGAAAAUUGCCAUCUGAUUAGGCUCAUGUUAAAUGGACAGGUUGCUGGGUAGGGCAGCUCUUGGUUGAAAGGGCCUAUUCUAUGCUGUAUCUCUAAAUAAGUCCCACACCAGUAGGUUUAGGAACAGUUAUUACUCUUCAACCCUCAGGCUCCUGAAAGUAGCAUGGAUAACUUCAUUCAACUCAACAAUGAACUGAUUCCACAGGCAAUGGACCCCCUUUCAAGGACUCUACAACUCCUUCUCAGUAAUAUUUAUUAAGUUAUUUAAAGUUUGUCUUUUGCACAUUGACAGUUUGUAUGCAGUUUUUCAUUGAUUCAAUUCUAUGUCUUUGUUCUACUGUGAAU